GGCGUGUUCUCCACUUGCUAUUCACUUCAAAGAGUUGCUGGACUUUACUUUAUGGUGUAUAGACAUCCUUGAGAUUCAAAAUCAGGAACAAAAUCACUUUAUUUUAAGUCUAUAAUUUUGAUUCAGCUGGAUUUAUCCGAGGCUUUACAGAAUAGAGAAUCAUCCUCCGAGCAUAUCUCACUUAUUGUGCUUUAGUGAGUAAGCAGGUAGGCAUUUAACUGCAAGUUUCUCACCGCAUUUUUUUGAGUGAGUUGAAUAGCAUUGCCACAUCCAAGUUUUCAACAUCUUUUCCCUUCUCUACGCUCAAAAUCUAAGUAGUACUGUUCAACGGUAAAACUUUACUAACCUUCUUAUAGAAGCAUUGUCAGUACGAACCUACAUAUCACGCACGAUAGAAUCCUAUUCGUAGCACCCCGUUCGUAACAUCACAGCUCCCCAAGAAGCCCGAACAACAUGGACUUUCAAAAUAUCAAGCACUUAACAGCUGCGACGAAACAAAUGCGAGAAAAAUAUUGGAACGAUGCAAUCAGCACUUCCAUCUCAGUCCAGCAAGCCGCCACUACUCAGGAUCUUCCCGUGAAGGGUCCUGUAUGGGUUAGCAAAUUCAUCAUCCCGUCUCCUGUCCAGGAUGACAACUCUCGAGAUUUACUGCUGGGUUUGAUUGAUGAGCAUAAUUCCCAUAAUGUUCAUUAUGAUCGUCCGAACUCAGAACCACUUUCUUGUCAAUGGACGGGUUACCGCGAGGGUGUUGAUGCUAAUGCGCCUGAGCCCAAACUCUCGGAAAAUGAAAAAUUUAGACACUUAGUCCAGAAUACCACGAGCCCAUCAACCAUCUUUUAUAUCUAUGGUGGUUCAUUCGUGUGAGUAUUUCUAAUUCCUCCUGAAGCAUGCACUUCUAUGUACUCACAUAAACCCCAGACUGAACAGCCCAUCCAGCUACCGAAGACGCAUGGGAAACCUAGCUCGGGCAACAGGAAGCAAAAUCCUAAUGGUGAAACAGCGUCUAGCACCACAGAAUCCCUUCCCAGCAGCUUUCCUCGAUAUAUUCCAAGCAUAUCUUUCUCUCCUCGCUCCUCCUCCAAACUCACCACAUGAAGCUAUCUCUGCCAAAAACAUCGUGAUAGCAGGAGAUAGUUCCGGAUCAUGUCUCGCAUUAGGGUUAUUACAAGUACUCCUGCAACUCAAGCGGAAAAAUACAGUGAUAAAAUUCCAUGGAAAUAUAAUAAAACCAUCCGAAUUUAUACCAGCUGGCCUCGCCCUCUUGAGCGUAACAACAGACUUAACAAAUGCGCUUCCCUCACACCAACGAAACAUAAAACAUGAUAUAUUCCCCUCCCCUAUCGAAAAACUUCCAUACCUAGAAAAAAGAUUCCCUCCAUGUUCCAUCUGGCCCACCAAACCCGCAAGAGCAAAUCUAUACUGCGAAGCAGGAAUGCUCGCUCACCCGCUAGCGAGUCCAGCCGCCUCAUUAGAUUGGUCUGGUUCCUGUCCCCUCUGGUUCGCAUCCGGACAGGAGCAAAUCGUAGAUGGAGCGAGAUUGGUUGCUCAAACGGCUUUUGCGCAGGGUGUUCCAGUUGUGCUUCAGGAAUAUGAGGGAAUGCCCCAUACGUUCUUUUGGGUGUUCGGAAAAGCACCACAGACUCGGAAGAUUCUGGAUGAUUGGGCUGAUACUAUUGUUGCUUUGGGAGAGGGUAAGGAAUUAGUUUGUAAAGCGGAGUUUAUCUAUGCUAAGGGAUUGACAUCGGAGGAAUUGGAUUUGGAGAAUUUGGUUCCAUUUGGGGUGGAAGAGGUGAGGGAAAUUAUCUGGAGAAAAACAUUGGAUUAUAAAGUUCCGGCGUUUCAUAAACAGCAACGGUCAUCUUUGUAGUUAAUGUUUGUUUUUUAUUGACAAGACGUGUAGUUGCAGCUGAUAGGUAUUAUUCUUAAGGAUUUUGGGUUGGAUUCUGGAGUCUUUAUCGAAAUCAAGAGAUGUAUGAUUUGUUUUACUUUGUUGCAGCGGAUCUUCAAAAUGGUAAAUAUUAAUUUACUCCAAUCAAUUUCUCAAAUACAAAUAAAAGAAAAA